CGAUAUUCAACGCUGUGACACGAGCAGUGCUGGAAGACAAGUUGGAUACAACAGACCAACAACAUGAAGAAGGCAGUGGGGGUAGGAGUGCCCUUAGUGCUGGUUCUGACUGUCGCCGUGUACCUCGGUGUGACGUGGUACAAACAGGAUGAACCAAAACCCUGUCACCGUUGGAUCACGAAAUCCGUAGGCUUGCCGGAUUAUCUCAAAGAAGCCCUGCAGAAAGCAGCCGCUGAAGAUGCCCCGGAGUACGUCCAGGACAAACGCUUCAUCGGGGCCAUUGCCAAGAUGGCUGGAGACCUUUUGUCGAAACCGAAGCCAGUCGACAACAAGCAACUGUCAGGUCAAAUUAACCAGCUGGGUGGUAUGAAGAACAUGGGCCCAGACCUCAUGUCAGACAGUGUGAAACAACAGCAAGAGAUGACUGGAGAGGUUGAAAAAGAGGUGGCGGACAAAACUAUACAAGGCUUAUUUGCUGCCCCGGCAAAGAAAGCAGCACCACCAGCUGGUGGAGGCAAACCAGCAGCUCCUGCUGCGCCUAAAGGUGGUACCGGAGAAAUGAAGGCUGAGAUAGAUUUUAUCGAACAGAAGGGCAUGGUCCAGGACGACUUGUUUGCACCACCAGGAAUGAAAAUGAAGGUGGACGUUGAAAAAAGUCCCAAAAAGCAGAACGAAAAAGACGACAUGUCCCAACCAAAGGCGUUUGCCUACCCCAUGGGGAUGGGCGGUACUAUGAUGAACGGCUGUUUCGGGACUGGAUACGUACCAGGAGAUCCGUGCUACAAAGCGAAGAGGCCGCUCCCGCCAUGUUUCAACUUGAUGGAGGGAUGUAACUACAUCGGGGUGGGCUUCGAUGGUCGUGGAGAGUACAGCAGUGUAUCCAGGAGGAAAACAGUCAUUCAGCGGAAAUGUGUAAAGAAGAAGAAGUAUCACGGGCAGGAGGUACCCGACCAGAUGAACGUUCACGGCAUCUAUGAUUCAGACGUCAGCUCCAGAGUUUUUGAAGGGAGAGAGUCUUUUCGCCAAUUCCUUCAGCAGAAAGCCGGCGCCUCUUUUUCAGCAAUGGGCUUCCAGGUGAUGCACCUUCAUUCCAAAAUGUUAUGGAUAAACUAAACUAAACUCUACCUA